AUGGCAGAGCUGCAGAGAUCUUCCCAAACAUUUCGGAGGUCUGGUUCAUCUGGUCUAAUCUGGGAGGAGAAGUUCAUGGCUGAAGACCAGAGCCAGAAGGAUCAAGGGGCAACUGGGGAGGCAGAUGUCAGCAGCUUAGAACCCAAGGAGCUAAGGCACUCCCGUAGCGUUGGGUCUACGGGAGCUGUCCAGCAUAGGGGCCGUGACAGGUCGGAGCGUGGCGGCAUGCCAUCCAGCGUCAACAACCAGGCCUUCCGUACUCGGCAUGUUCCACCCGCUCUUGAUCCACCUUCACCCAAGUUUCCUAGCUGCAUGUUUUGUGGAAUUUUUAGGAAGGAAGAACCCUCACAGCCAUCCAAGCCCAGAAGGUACUAA